CAUAAAGAAGAGACAAUUGACUCUAGCCUCAGUAUUCGUCACGUUCCUUCUGAUACUUCAAACUCUGCAUUGGUUGCUGCAAGUGAAGCUUGAAGUCAUUAAAAGCGCCUAUCUCCAAUGCUCGUCUCAAGAAUCAGCACUGCUUGUUCACUACAACGAAGAUUGUCCCAAGCAUUGCCGUUGCAACAACGACACCGUUCUUUUUGCUGAUGACUUUGAAAAUGGACUACAAACUGAGAAGUGGCCUGAAGCACAGAGCGGGCAUGUCGUCGAGGAUCCGACAAACAGUACAAAUUACGCUCUUGGAUUUUCUCGCUGCAACUCUGCCGGUGACACCUUUUCCAUUCCUCUUAGAACCGGAACAGAAUACUACAAAGUUGAUCUCGACUAUUACAUGCCAGAUGCAGCUCGAGUGAACAAGCAUGACAGCGGAUGGAUGGGCUUUAGUGCAGGCCUGCCCGGAAGCCACGUCUGGACUCUAACUGCCUACGCACCAUAUCAUCAAUCUUUUGCCGUAAUGGGAUCAACGAGUGGAAAAUGGAAUCAUUACAGUUUCCUAUAUCGCGUCCAGUUGCCCGGAUACAACUGGGUAAGGAAUCCAUCUCACUUGCGUGUUAUGCUGCAAGAAACCGGAAGACAAGAAUCACAGUGUGGACACGCCUUGUUUGAUAACGUUGUCAUCACAGAGGCAAAAGUAUGCAGCAAAGGUGUUCUCUUCUAUGACGAUUUUGAAAGCGGCAACCUGAGCUCGAGUUUGUGGCCGAGGAACUACAAUGGAUAUGUUACGAGUGACGCUAAUACAACCAAAGUGCUCAAAUUUCAUCGCUGUCGAGGUGGCGGAGACGCCCAUUCGAAUGCCUUCUCAUGCGCCACUGGAAACUACAGAAUAACUUUCGACUACAAACAGACAAUUUCUCCGGCUCACCCAUACAACGAUGGAGGAUUUUUGGGCGUCGCAAACGGAUUUCCUGGCCAACACCAGUGGUUCUUUGGUUCAAACCCAGACUUCCCGGGUGUCGAACACAAUCUGGGUUACAAUGACGGUCAGUGGAGGCGUUAUUCGCGCAUUGUGAGAGUUUCACCAGGUAACUACACGUUUACUCACGGAGGAAAGGGGCUUUCAGAUUCUAUUCGACUGAUUGUGGAGCAGUUUGGCACUAACAACUGUGGUACGGUUUCGUUUGAUAACAUUCUUGUUGAGUGUGUUGCUUUCGGCUGCGAUUGUCACAAGAAAGAAAGCGUUUGAACUAAGACAGGACGGAGAGUGUUAGUGUUGUUUUUGUGUGAAAUGAUUGCAAAUUGCUGUUUGCUUUUGCUCAUGUAUUGUUCAGUGGUUUUGUCGAUGGUAGCAUUUGAGGCUAAAAUAUAUGUCGUUCU